UUAACGUUCUCACCAACGUCAUAAAUAUGCGACGUUAACAAUCUGUUGAUGCUUUGCUAGUUGUGAACAUGGCAAGAAAUAUGGACAGUCUCGUAAAGGUCCAUGGAGGUGGAGGUUAUGACUCUGACUUCAGUGAUGAUGAAGGCCAGGGAGAGACUUCUCAGCUAAAAAGGAAACGUGAUGAUGAAAUUCUAAGGAAGCCAUUUCAGAAAGGAAGGCACACAAAGUUGGCUCAUAGGGAUGUUGCUGCUCAUGAAUAUGACAGGGAAGAAGCCAGAAACAGACGUCACCACCUGAUAUCAAUGAAUGCUUAUGAGAGACAUAAAAAGUUUGUCAGUGACUACAUAUUGUAUUAUGGAGGAAAGGUAGAGGAUCUCAGACGUUCCACGGCCAAUGAUAAGUCAGACCUGGAUGUGGUGCGUGAAAACCAUCGUUUCCUGUGGAGGGAUGAGGAUGAAGAACAAAUGACGUGGGAGAAAGAACUAGCAAAGAAGUACUAUGAUAAGCUCUUCAAAGAAUACUGUAUUGCUGACCUCAGCAGAUAUAAAGAAAACAAGUUUGGGUUCCGAUGGCGCAUUGAAAAGGAAGUUGUUUCUGGAAAAGGCCAGUUUGUGUGUGGGAACAAGCGUUGUGAGGUGGAGGAGGGCCUGAAGAGCUGGGAGGUGAACUUUGCCUAUGUGGAGCAGGGAGAGAAGAGAAAUGCGCUGGUCAAACUCAGACUCUGCCCUGAGUGCUCCUUCAAACUCAACUGUCAUCAUAAGAGAAAAGAGGUCCUCGCCAUAAAGAAAAUACGGAAGUCGACGGAGGCUAAUCAAGUUGAGCCACAGUCUAAAAGAUCCAAAAGGGGCUCCAAGAAAAACAAACGCAAUGACAGACAUAAGAGGCGGAAAACAGACCAGUCCUCCUCCAGUUACUCAGAAGACGACUCCCAGGAGUCAGAGAAAGCAGAAGGAGAACCCAAUGAUGAUGCCAAGGGUCUGUCGGAGGCAGACCACUGGAAAGGCCCCGCCCCAACCAUGGAAGAGAAGUCGCGGGAGGAGGAAUUCGAUGAGUACUUUGAGGACAUGUUUCUUUAAACACCCUGUACUGGGAUUUCUGCUGGCAAGACUACACAUGGUCGGAUAUUGAUUUGAUACAUUUUUGUAUUGGACAUUGUCCUGGUUGAAAGUUGGAGUUUGUCUGAUGCUAAAUAAAUUUGCUGUUGUUUUUUUUUUUUUUAA